CCGGGGGCUCACUGUUGGUCAGCUCGCGUGGGUGUGUGUGUGUGUGCAGCUUGGAAGGGCUGAGGGCACUGCGUCUGGUUUAAAGUAAACUCAGGAGAGGCACAGUUGAGCAUGGCCGCCGCCCACCGCUUGGUCAUCGUCCGCCACGGCGAGAGCGCCUGGAACCAGGAGAACCGCUUCUGCGGCUGGUUCGACGCUGACCUCAGUGAGAAGGGAGUGGAGGAGGCCAAGCGCGGCGCCCUGGCCAUCAAGGAGGCGGGCAUGAAGUUCGACGUGUGCUACACCUCCGUGCUGAAGCGCGCCAUCAAGACCCUGUGGACCAUCAUGGAGGGCACGGACCAGAUGUGGCUGCCCGUCAUCCGCACCUGGCGCCUGAACGAGCGCCACUACGGAGGCCUCACCGGGCUCAACAAGGCGGAGACGGCGGAGAAGCACGGUGAGGAGCAGGUGAAGAUCUGGCGCCGCUCCUUCGACAUCCCGCCCCCACCCAUGGACAAGGACCACCCUUACCACAAAGUCAUCAGCGAGUCGCGCCGCUACAAGGACCUGAAGGCCGGCGAGCUGCCCACGUGCGAGUCCCUGAAGGACACCAUCGCCCGCGCCCUGCCUUUCUGGAACGACGUCAUCGUCCCUCAAAUCAAGGCCGGGAAGAAUGUCAUCAUCGCCGCCCACGGCAACAGCCUCCGCGGCAUCGUCAAGCACUUGGAGGGUAUGUCUGACGCAGCCAUCAUGGAGCUGAACCUCCCCACAGGAAUCCCCAUCGUGUACGAGCUGGACGCGAACCUGAAGCCCGUGAAGCCCAUGUCUUUCCUGGGCGACGAGGAGACCGUGAAGAAGGCCAUGGAGGCCGUGGCCGCCCAAGGCAAAGCCAAGAAGUGAGGCAAGAGGAGGCAGUAAAAGACACUGUUAUCCUGCGUCCUUCGGCCUUUUCCUCCUGUUUAUUUGUCCAUUCCAAACGGGGAAAUGUUUAAUGGCUCUUUUGGAGACGGGCCACUUUCAGCACAGUCACUCUCAGCCCUUUUAAAUUGUGGGCAAGCCCUAUUUUUUUAAGGUCUCACCCUCCCCCGACACAACAAAUAAAGAACCCAUGUUUUUAUUUAGG